UCGGUUCAAAGCUCCCUCUGUCAGCGGUGAGAAAGGAGUUUCGUCUAUUCCAGCCCACUAAACGCCUCUCCCCCUCUUCUCUUCUCUCCUCUCCUCUCUCAUCCAUCCAUCGGAAAGCUCUUCUCCCCCCUCCGUCCGCUCAUUUAUUCCUUUCGGACAGUCACCAUCCUUUGACGAAGAACAGAAGCAGCAGGGCGGUGGCGUGAGACCUCAAUGCUCGGCAUUUGGACGGAAAUCCGAGCGUCAAACCUGGAGACACAGGACUAUCAGUGAUUACUAUGUCAGAAAGAGGUUCAGCCACGAAGAACACAGCAGACGAAGACAGACGGGGCCAUUCGGAUCACGAUUCAAAGAUGUCGGACGAACACAGAGACACGGAUGAUUCCUCAGAGAAAACACCAAGUAGGAUGUCCAGAUCCCCGCAGAAAUCCUCCAAAAGACCAAAGACAGUACCUGUGAAAGUCACACUGCUGGAUGGAUCUGCCUAUGAGACCGGGGUGGAGAAGCUCUGUAAAGGGCAGAUGUUACUGGAUCUGGUGUGUGACCAUCUCAACCUCUUGGAGAAGGACUACUUUGGCCUGACCUUCAGUGACACAGAGAGUCAAAAGAAUUGGCUUGAUCCUUCAAAAGAAAUCAAGAAACAAAUUCGUGUGGGUCCCUGGCAUUUCUCCUUUGCUGUCAAGUUUUAUCCUCCUGAUCCUUCUCAGCUGAUUGAAGACAUCACACGGUAUUACCUGUGUCUUCAGCUGAGGGAGGAUAUAUUAUCCGGUCGUUUACCCUGCUCAUUCGUCACUCACGCCCUGCUGGGCUCCUACGCCGUCCAGGCUGAGCUGGGAGACUACGAUCCAGACGAACACGGGCCGGACUACAUCAGUGACUUCCGCUUCGCACCUAGUCAGACACGUGAGCUGGAGGAAAGGGUGAUGGAGCUCCACCGCACCUACCGGGGCAUGAGUCCUGCAGAAGCUGAAAUUAACUUCCUGGAGAACGCCAAAAAGCUCUCUAUGUAUGGCGUUGACCUUCAUCAUGCUAAGGACUCCGAAGGCAUAGACAUCAUGCUGGGAGUGUGUGCCAGUGGCCUUUUAAUCUACAGGGAUCGUCUGCGUAUAAACCGUUUUGCCUGGCCCAAGAUCCUUAAAAUAUCCUACAAGAGAAGCAACUUCUACAUCAAGAUCCGCCCUGGAGAGGUAGAGAAAAAGUACGAGCAGUUUGAGAGCACGAUCGGCUUCAAGCUGCCCAACCAUCGUGCCUCUAAGCGCUUGUGGAAAGUCUGCAUCGAACACCACACCUUUUUCAGAUUGGUCUCUCCUGAGCCUCCCCCCAAAGGUUUUCUUGUGAUUGGCUCAAAGUUUCGUUACAGUGGGCGAACACAAGCCCAGACUCGUCAGGCUAGUGCUUUGAUUGACAGGCCAGCUCCUCAGUUUGAACGGUCGGUUAGCAGGAGGUACUUGCUGUCACGUAGUAUAGAUGGAGAAUCUGCUUUAGGGGACACUAUGGACCGACUGUCUCAACACACUUCCUGUGAGCCUGUGCCCAAUCUUCCAAGAGAUGAGUUUGACCAGGAUUACACAGAGCCCAGUCUGGAUCAGGACCUGGAUCAUGAUCAGCUUUAUGAAGCUGAAGAUCAGCGGCUGGAGACCGAGUCCACUCCCUCCAGAACUGUGGAGCUCAAGAGGGAGGAUGCAGGUUCUCCUGUAGACUCUAAGACAGAGUCGGACCAGGAUUUGGCCCCACGUCCUAAACAGGAGCAGUUCCUGGAUAAACCAGAAGAUGUGCUGCAGAAACAUCAAGCCAGCAUCAAUGAGCUGAAACGAGCGCUGAGAGAGCCAAACAGCAAACUUGUCCACAGAGAGAAACGUCUCUCUGGAGCAUCAUCGGGCAGCACUCCAGAGAAAAAAUCCGCCUCAGAGGAGUCCCUAUUGAUUGAGAAGCAAGAUGGUUGUCAAAGAGACCUGACCCUCAGUAAAAAAGAGGAAAAGAGCAGGAGUCCUAGAGUAGCUUCAUUAGCCACUGGAAUCAACAGAAAGAUGGAAGAGGACAGAAUGAGAGAGAAAAUCUUCACCUCACACAGUGACACAAAAGAAAAUCACAGUGUAGCAAAAAGGACCUCGACAGAAACGGUCUUAUCACCAGAGAAGCCCCUGAGAAAUAGAGCUAAAAGCCCUGCUUUAAGGUAUAACCAUUUCCAGGGCGUUGGUUCUUUGGAGGAAAAAGUGUAUGAUAAUGGGCACCCGCAGGACAGAUGUUUGCCACAGAAUGUGUUUUGUGCAAAUGGGUACGGUGAAUAUGCAGCAGAGAGACACUGGGUUAAAAAAAGAAACAUGGGUGUAACCGAUGGAGAAGAUGAGAAUCGGGAUUUGGCGAGCUAUGUAGAGAAAAGCUUUGGUGAGGCCUCUCCCAAUGCAGCUGUGGAUAAAUAUAUGAGAGAUCGAUAUAAUGAAAGCAAAUGGGAGAACCAAACCACAGAAACAGAGGCAAACAACAUCAGAUCUACUACUAUACAGAAACAAACACCUAAUCCAGCUCCUAAAAGCUCAACAAUCCAAAGAAACGAUUCUACUGCUAGCGACACAUCGCAGUCCGAGGUGAAACGAAUAGUCCCGCUAAAGCCAGAGAGGUCAAAGAAGUUGAAAGGCAGUAAAGGAGCCAAGCUACAUGGACAACCGAGUGAAAAAAGCAGUUCUGACUCAUUUGAUGAAGGGAAUAAGUCUAAGGAUGAGCAAAUUGGUUGUAAGAAUACCUUGAAGCCCAAAAAUUCUGCUGUUCCAGAGGAUAAUGGAAUGCUUGAUAAGCAAGAUUUGUCCAAUAAUUGUCACAAUAGGGAAGUCAAAGAACACAGUCAACAGUAUCUUCAAGACGGACACCAAUUACGGGAUUUCAAAAACAAUGCUGACCACAGGCUUAGUAUCGAACAAGAUCACUUUCUGUUUGAAGAUCCGUGUUCUAUGUUUGACUUUCCGAACAAUUCAACGCUUUUAGCCUUCGAUCAGAUUCCGUCGUUUUACCCACCUGUAAAAUCCCAGAGGGCAAGAGAUACACGUACCAAACCGAUUACCAAAAGUGAUUCCAGCAACAGUCUUCACAAGAGCUCCAACAUGGAAUCUUCCAAGAGGAAACCUGUGGAGCCCCUACCCACCCCAGCAAUUCAUGCGGAACCUCAGGAGGAAGCCCAGAGAGAGCCUUGGGAGAGACGCUUGGGAUCGGUGUCAGAAGAUGACCCAGACCUGGAUUCCCUGUACCUGAAGGAGACCCACCUGGGCAUUGAGCGCAAAUGCUCGAGCAUCACUGUCAGCUCAACAUCUAGCCUGGAGGCUGAGGUGGACUUCACCGUCCUCAUGGACUUUCAAACCGGCAUUGAGGAAUUUUCUAGAGGCAUGACCGAGCUGGGGGAAAAAGACAUCUCCACCGAAUUUGGCUUCUCUGACCGGCCCACACAUCCAGCAUUUAUACUGGGAGCAGAUCCUAUCUAUUUUCAUGAAGAAAGACCUGUGGAAGUUCAGAGGCAUGUAGAGAAACCAAAACCCGUUGUAGAGCAGAAACCACAGGAGGAGCGUAAACCAGAGCCUUUUGUACCCAAGAAGGCUCCGCGGUCCGUAAAAGUUGCCCAAGCUAUGAAGAAAGACUCUACCGAUCAAGCUAAUGCCCAGUUGAUGAGGCGUGAGAGCUCUGGUUCGCCUCCGAUUCAACCUCUGAGCAGAGAGAGCAGUGAGAUCAUCGCCUCUCAGGCUCUAAGGAAGACUGAGGUCAAGAUCGAGACGCAACCCAAUGGCUCGGAGGUCACAACCACCAUUAUGGAGAUUGCAGACCCGGACCAUGGUUUGAGCAGCAUGCGAGAGGCUGCAUACUCAAUGGGAGAGAGGGUUUCUCCUGUGAACGUGGGAUCAUUCGGAAGAGAAGGUUCUCCUCUAAUGGUAACUGAGAAUGUAACAUCGGCCACUACAACUCAUGUUACUAAGACGGUGAAAGGAGGCUAUUCAGAGACAAGAAUUGAAAAAAGGAUUAUCAUUACUGGUGAUGAUGAUGUUGAUCAAGAUCAGGCGCUCGCCAUGGCAAUAAAAGAAGCCAGGCAACAGCAUCCUGACAUGUUGGUUACCAAGGCUGUGGUUGUCAGGGAAACAGAAUCUUCCACUCUAGACCCACAUGAGGAAUCAAAGUCCUGAUCUUCUCAGUUCUUCAUCAGGAAGUUGUUUCUCAAUGACUGCCACAAGCUUCAAGACCCAGGACACCAACUCUUCCACUUACACAUCCAAACACCCAUACACACAAACACACACUGCCUCCCAGAUGUCAGACAUAUUCCUUCCCAUGUCAUUUCUACUUUGUGUCUACAUUGCUGUGGUAAUAUGGACAUAUGGGCGGUCUCCUCGGCUUAAGACCGCUCGGGAUGGACAGUCUCCUCGUCGCAUCGAUCAGAAGAUUUAGUCGGCAUCGUAGUCUAUCGCUUUUUCUUUGCGAAUGUCCAAACUAACCAAGUGUACUCUUAACAGUGCAAUGUCGACAUUGACGCAUGAGGUACGAGGCUUUUGAUGAACAUUGCUGAAGAUUACACUAAGUGGAGUGACAGUAGUGUGUGCUGAGUAGUUUCUUUAGAGCUCAUUGAGAUGUUACAUGAAGUAUUUUGCAAACACCGACCUGUAGAGAAAAGCCUAAUGUGAUAGCUAGUGUAUGUCCAUACUUUUUUUGAUCCACGAAUGUUAUGUUGCCGUCAUUAGAUUGUGAACCUCAUCUGCAUGUGGCAAAGCAGGGUUAAAACAUUUUCAUAGACAGUCAAACUAACUGGGUCGAUGUUCGAGACCAGAAAUGAACAGAUCAUAUUCUGGAUUUAAGUAUAACAGCCAAACAUUGAAAGGUAUUUAUUUCCAUAUUGAAUGUAACACGGGCAAAUUAGAUUUAUACACUUCUAUCCUGUAAAUUCCUCUUAAUAAAUAACUGCUGUAUUAGUUUUAUAGGUGCAACUAAAUAACUUUUAUUUCUAUGAUAUUUUGGGGCUUAGUAGUUACAAACAAAUCAAACUUUAAGAUCUUAAUCCUCAAGUGAUGUUGGGGACAAAUUUGGGCAAAAUUAUUUAGUUUUUUAUGUAACUUUUUUCUCUUAUUCUGAUUCAUCUGUACAAAACUUGGCUACUUUUCCUGAAUUUUCCACAUAAACGCACCCAAAAACGUUGGACAUCAUUAAACUCCUUAAUAUGCUGAUAGUGCCCAUUUUGGGGCACCCAUAUGAAAUAAAUGGAAAAAUUACUAAAAUUCAAAGCAUUUUUUUAUUUGUUUAAUAACCAUCAAUAAAUUAUAAAUAAUAAUAUAAUAAUAUUAAUAAUGAAUAAUAAUAUUAAUAAUAAAUAACAAUAUUACUCAUAAAUAACAAUAUUAAUAUGAAUAAUAAAUGUAAUAUUAAUAAUAAAUAAAUAAAACACAACAUCCCCAAUGUGACCAACAUUCACACAAAUGUACACUUCAAAGAGAGAUCAAAGUCCCACUGCAAGAUUUGAUAAUGCUUUCAGGUAAAACAUUGCUAAAGUUAACGUUUUUAUCUCAUUCUUUAGCAGCACAAAGGCAAAGAGGUUUACUGUAGAAGAGACCCUGGAUCUCUUGAAAUUUGAUGUUUGUUUCUGCAAAUAAGUGAUUUCUUUCUCUUAUUAUCUUUCACUUAACACAGUCAGAUUUGUCUGUAAGCAUAUUAUGGCAUCUUUGCACAGCCGUAUCCAACAUUUCUUUUUUAAUUCAACAAUUUUAACUUGUGAUAAAAUCUAGGUUAAGUUUGGUACAACAUUGGUUUAUAGAUUUCAGCCAGUGAGUCAUACAGCCAUUGAAAUUACAUGAAAUUGAAUUACAUGAAAUGCUAUUUUGAUUCCAUCAGAUGUCACAAAAAAACAAAAGUGGAACAUAUUUUAGGGGUUUAUACUGUGAUUUAAUUAGUGGAAUAAAGAUUUUUAUGAACAUCUUUUCUUAAGUGCAUUUUAUGUAAAAAUAACAUUAAAAAUAUACAUUUAUAUUUUAAUGUAAUUGCUAUUUUAAUCACAACAGAUGUCACAAAAAACAAAAGUGACAUUCAAACGUUUUUACUGUGAUUUAAUUAGUGACCUGAAUAAGUUGUAAUCUACUGAGCCCCUAAGGUAGGGUGACCAUACGUGCCAUUCUUCCCGGACGCAUCCCGUCUAGGACUUUUUGUUCAUCUUCCGGAAGUCGUAUUUGUCGACCGCAUACAUCAUAGAGGAUUAUUAUUAUUAUUACAAAAAGCAAUCGUUACAUUUUAAGGUAAGAAUGAAACUACAAUUGUAUAUCUUAUGUUUUUAACUGAAUGGCGUAUGCGGUCAACAAAUACGACUUCCGGAAGACGCACCGAAAUCCUGGACGGGAUGCGUCCGGAAAGAAUGGCACGUAUGGUCACCCUACCUAAGGUGACAUUGGAGUAAAAAAAUCUAAAGUUUAGUUUCAUGUGCUCACGCGAAACCUUCAUGUGCAGAAUUCUUUUUAGUUUAGUUUCACUUGCUCACGUGAAACCAUCGCGCACGCACGUGAAACUAUCGCACGCGCAUGUGAAAGCGAAAGUUUCACGUCCGUACACGAUAGUUUCACGUGCGUAUGCGAUAGUUUCACGUGCGUAUGCGAUAGUUUCACGUGCGCACGCGAUAGUUACACGUGAGCAUGCGAUAGUUUCAUGUGCACACGCGAAACUAAGCUUUAUUAAAUUUUUGCCCCAUGUCUCCUUAGGGGCUCCGUAGUAAUCAAAUCAUGUUUUUGUGAGAAUUUUGAGUGAAAAACAAAAAAAUGCUUACUUUACAAUAAAAAAAAGGAAAAAAAUCACCAAAUAAAUGCAUGAAUUAGUUGUAAUCUACCAAGCCCCUAAGGUGACAUUGGAGUAAAAAAAAUCUAAAGUUUAGUUUCAUGUGCUCACGCGAAACCUUCAUGUGCAGAAUUCUUUUUAGUUUAGUUUCACUUGCUUACGUGAAACCAUCGCGCACGCACGUGAAACUAUCGCACGCGCAUGUGAAAGCGAAAGUUUCACGUCCGUACACGAUAGCUUCACGUGCGUACGCGAUAGUUUCACGUGCGUACGCGAUAGUUUCACCUGCGUAUGCGAUAGUUUCACGUGCGCACGCGAUAGUUACACGUGAGCAUGCGAUAGUUUCAUGUGCACACGCGAAACUAAGCUUUAUUAAAUUUUUGCCCCAUGUCUCCUCAGGGGCUCCGUAGUAAUCAAAUCAUGUUUUUGUGAGAAUUUUGGGUGAAAAACAAAAAAAUGCUUACUUUACAAUAAAAAAAAAAUUGAAAAAAAUCACCAAAUAAAUGCAUGAAUUAGUUGUAAUCUACCAAGCCCCUAAGGUGACAUUGGAGUAAAAAAAUCUAAAGUUUAGUUUCAUGUGCUCACGCAAAACCUUCAUGUGCAGAAUUCUUUUUAGUUUAGUUUCGCGUGCUCACGUGAAACCAUCACGUGCGUACAUGAAACGAAAGCGAAAGUUUCACGUGCGUACGCGAUAGUUUCACGUGCGCACGCGAAACUAAACGCAGUAGUUUCACUUGCACACGCUGUAGUUUCAUGUGCGCGCGUGAAACUAAGCUUUAUUUAAUUUUUGCCCCAUGUCUCCUUAGGGGCUCCGUAGUAAUCAAAUCAUGUUUUUGUGAGAAUUUUGGGUGAAAAACAAAAAAAUGCUUACUUAAUUGAGCUAAUUUAAGUAAAAAAAAAUCACCAAAUAAAUGCGUAGCUUGAAAGUUUUUAUUUAUUAAAAAGAAAAAAGAUAGUUUCAAAAGAUUUAAAUGGAAAAUUUAAAGGGAAUCACAAAGUGCCCAAAUUUGUCCACUAACAGCAGAUUAGUGCAGUUUUUAUUAACAGCACUUGAGGGUUAAAUACGAAAUAUCCUCACACUGUAAAAUUCAUUGUUGCACUUAAAUUUUUAAGUUUAAUACAUUUUACAUUUUUAAAUUACAAUUAAUUUCAACUGUCUUGAAUAAUUUAUAUAAAUAAAGUUGAAAUAACAUAAACAAAUUUUAUACCCACUCCUCACUAGUCAAGAAUGUUUAAAUUGAUUGUAUUUUCAAGUUAAGUAAAGUCAAGUAAAUUAAACUUCAAAAUUUAAGUGCAUCAUGGAGUUAGUUUACAGUGCAUGUUUAACCUGGUUUUUAAAUGCACGACACAAAAUACAAAACGCUUGCUGAAUGCUCUAAUAUGCCAUCUUCUAUACCUAUUGUUAGGUGAAACAUUUAAAAUUAGGGAUGUGCCAAUACCGAUAUUUUAUUACUUAGAAUGCCAUCUACCAAUACCGAUAGAUACAAAUAGUUUAAAUUUUUACUCCUUGUUUUAAAAUUAUGAGGUCAUGAAAUCAUAUUAGUGCAGAGCGUACAAACCUAAUUCAAAAUAAUUACACAGUAUGAGUCUUUUUUAAUCGGCAGAAUAUCAUGUUUUUAAACAAUCGGCCGAUGUACGAUAGUGGAGAAAAUGCUAUUAUCUGCCGAUACCGAUUUUUAGGCCAACAUAUGGGUGCAUCCAUAUUUAAAACCCAUAUUGAAAAUUUAGAUACAUGCCAAACACAUAAGUAAUAAUUGACGACAGGCCGUUGAAUUAUUUACAAAUAAUGCCGGGAUGAUUCACCGCAGUGUGCAUUAUUUUCAAAGAAUUCAAAGGACCGGGAAUUAUUCUGCUUAUACCACGGUUACCACAGACAUUGCUCUGGUGGUUAUUUAAGACAUUUGUAUAGGUGUGCAAUAAUGCAUACCCAUGGGACAUUUCUCAACCAAUCAGAAUAAAGCAUUUAAUAGCCCCGUGCUGUAAUAUAUUUAACUAAUGUGUUAUAUGCAUGUGCAUUUAGACCUAGACAUUCGAAGAUCAUUCAUUUCUAACAAGCCGAUUUCAUUUGAUUAAAUUCCCAGCUGCCCCGCAAGAUUUCAAGACUUGUGAUUAUUUUUAAUCUGUUCCCUCUCAUGCAAUGCUGUGCCAGUGACGAAAUGAUUUUUAACAACUUCAAAAGGUUCUGAUUUGUAAGAUAUGAUAACUUAUUGUGUGAUGAAUGUCAUGAGCCUGUGGCUUGGUUUUCAGUGCAGUGUGACCUGUGAGCCAUGAUACUCUUAAGAAACGUUCCUAAAGCAGUAGAAGUCUUGAGUCAGGAUGUGUAUGUGUUGUAGUGUUAUCUGGAUGAAUGAUUUAUGACGUGUAUUGCCAAAUAAAUAAAUAAAAAACUAGCAGACUUUAUUACGACAAACGAAUGCCAGGAAAGCUCUUGGUAAUAUUUGCUAACAUGGUGAAGGCUUGCUGUUGUGUAUGUAUAGGAUCGGUUCAGGACGGGCUGGUGCACUAUGUGAAUAUUUUGACAUCUUAUACACAACGUACAAAUAUUAAAAAUGAGACUUGAAUACACCAUACCUUAAGCUCGUAGUCACUGAUUUUUGAAGACUUGGAUGCUGUUUGUGAAUAUAAAGAAGUGCCAUGUAAAGGUUGACGGUUGGAUCAACCACAGCAUUCAGCAUUUGUCAGUUUUGUCUCAUUACAAGGCAGUGUCCUUGUUCUUGCUGUACAUGUAGCAUAGAAAAUGAACUCUGGAUAAAACAUGAAAAGUUGUCUUCAGCAUUGGUUGCCCUGAGAUUUCACUUCUGUUUACACUGCUAUCUGGUACUUUCUACUGCUUGAUUUUGUGUGUUUGCUGUACAGUGUUCAAAAAAUAAAAAUGAUCCAUCCA